GAAUACGGUAUGUGAACGACAGAUGUAGAGACACACACAGCUUGAGAUCAAGGUUUUUACAUUGAAAUGAAAAAAAAUAUUUUUUUGAUAAAAUAAAAAAAAUGUCAUUUUAAAUUUAAAAUUGUCAGUAGAAAAAAAUGUGAUUCUUUCUUUUAUUAUCCUGGUUUAAAUGUUUGAAUUGCAAUGUAAAGGUUGACACUUAAGCUUUAAGUAUCUACUGAUAUAACUAAAACAUCUGACUGAGUUGAAGAGCGGCAACAUCAUUCAUGUUCGCGCCAAAAAUACAAGCUUCGACGUUUGACAUCGAGCAUUUUCUGUUCAAAUCACAAGUGGUUUUUCGAUUAACCACAUACAAAUUUUGCAAAAUUUCUCUCGACUGUAUUUACAUUGGUUAAAAAGUUUAUUUUAAAAGUGAUCAAUUAAACGUGGAAAAAUGGAAGGUUUUGACGAUGCAGCAGUCUUCUUCUCGGACAAUUUCAAUCCGGACAAUGAGCAAAAUGGAAAUCAAAUUAAUGCACAGGCCGUUAAAAAGAAGUUUAAAGAAUUCAUUCGUACAUUCAACGAAGACAAUUUCCACUACAAAUAUCGUGAUGCAUUGAAGCGAAACUAUUUGUUGGGCCGUUACUUCUUGGAGGUUGAAAUGGAAGACUUGGCCGGAUUCGAUGAAAUGUUAUCCGACAAAGUUCACAAGCAGCCAACGGAAAAUCUGCAAAUUUUUGAAGAAGCUGCGCGUGAGGUGGCCGAUGAAAUAACAUCUCCGCGCCCAGAAGGUGAGGAAGAGGUGCAGGAUAUUCAAAUUUUGCUACAAUCAAAUGCAAAUCCAACCAAUAUUCGCGAUUUGAAGUCGGAGUGUGUGUCGCGAUUGGUCAAAGUGGCUGGUAUCAUUAUUGCUGCUUCUGGUAUCAAAGCCAAAGCCACUUCGAUGUCGAUUCAGUGUCGGUCAUGCAACGAAGUCAUCCCAAAUCUCAAAGUGAAUCCAGGCUUGGAAGGGUUUCAAAUGCCACGAAAGUGUACAACUGAACAAGCCGGUCGGCCACCGUGCUCAUUGGAUCCAUUCUUCAUUAUGCCAGACAAAUGCAAAUGUGUCGAUUUUCAAGUGCUUAAAUUACAAGAGCUGCCCGACUUCAUUCCACAGGGUGAAAUUCCGCGUCACAUGCAAUUGUUCUUGGAUCGCAGCCUGUGUGAGCGUGUUGUUCCUGGAAAUCGAGUGUUGAUUCACGGUAUUUACUCGAUUCGUAGGGUUGGCAAUCCAGGAAAGGGCGACAGCCGUGAAAAGGCCAUUGUUGGUGUUCGUGCUCCAUACAUGCGUGUCGUUGGCAUAACCGUUGAUUCCGAAGGAACUGGCGUCAUUUCACGUUACACCACCAUUACAAUGGAGGAGGAAGAGAAGUUCCGUCGUCUGGCUGCCCAUCCGGAUAUCUAUGAACGUUUGGCAAAGAGUCUUGCACCAAGUAUCUUCGGUUCAAGUGACAUCAAAAAGGCAAUUACAUGUUUGUUGUUUGGUGGUGCACGCAAACGGAUGCCCGACGGUUUGACUCGUCGUGGUGAUAUCAACGUUUUACUUUUGGGUGAUCCUGGUACAGCCAAGUCUCAGCUGUUGAAAUUCGUCGAAAAGGUUGCUCCGAUUGCGGUGUACACGUCUGGAAAAGGUUCUAGUGCUGCUGGUUUAACAGCUUCGGUAAUGCGCGAUCCAGCCACUCGUAACUUCGUCAUGGAGGGUGGUGCAAUGGUUUUGGCCGAUGGUGGUGUCGUAUGUAUCGAUGAGUUCGACAAAAUGAAAGAAGAUGAUCGUGUGGCCAUUCACGAAGCGAUGGAACAGCAAACUAUUUCAAUUGCCAAAGCUGGUAUCACAACCACAUUGAACACACGUUGCUCCGUUCUAGCAGCCGCCAAUUCCAUUUUCGGUCGUUGGGAUGACUCAAAAGGCGAAGAGAAUAUCGAUUUUAUGCCAACCAUUUUGUCUCGUUUCGACAUGAUUUUCAUCGUCAAGGAUGUGCAUGAUGAAGGACGUGAUACGAAUUUGGCCCGUCACAUCAUCAAUGUGCAUCUAAAUGCCAACAAAGUGUCCAAUGAAGCCCCAGAAGGCGAAAUUGAUUUGACCACAUUCAAGAAAUUCAUUCAUUACUGCCGUACCAGUUGCGGUCCACGUUUGAGUGCCGAAGCUGGUGAAAAAUUGAAAAGUCGUUAUGUAUUGAUGCGCAGCGGAACACAUCAGCAUGAGAAACAAACCGAUAAACGUUUGGCCAUUCCGAUUACAGUGCGUCAACUUGAGGCCAUCAUUCGUAUUUCGGAAUCAUUGGCCAAAAUGCAAUUGCAACCAUUUGCGACUGAGGUUCACGUGAAUGAAGCACUACGAUUGUUCCAAGUGUCAACAUUGGACGCAGCGUCAACGGGUAGUUUGGCCGGUGCCGAAGGUUUCACUACUGAAGAAGAUCACGAAAUACUCAAUCGCAUUGAGAAACAGCUGAAACGUCGUUUUGCAAUCGGCUCACAAGUUUCAGAAAAGAACAUCAUCGAUGAUUUUGUUCGCCAAAAGUACUCAGAACGUGCCGUACAAAAGGUUGUCUUCACAAUGAUCCGCCGUGGCGAGCUACAGCACCGAAUGCAACGGAAAAUGUUAUACCGACUAUGCUAAACCAUCGAAUUAAUUCCAUCACAUUUUUUACUACGACUUUUUUUCCUUGUUACUUUUUAAACCCCACGCAAAUUUUUUUUCUUUGCCUCUCUUCUAAGACAUGAUUACUUAUAGCAUUUGUUUUGAAUGUAUGUCCAUUUCAUUAUUUAAAUUAGUAAAAUAAACAGCGAUUUCUUUCCAGUUGAAUCAAAAA